CACAAACAAAGUUUGUAGACGAUAGAAACCCUUUAGCCCUAGCUUUUAUCCAAAACAUGGUGCGCUACCCUCUGGUCUGGUUACAUUUUCUCUUGCUAAAAUUCUCUCAUUUUCUGCUCAUUCACUCACUACCUCCUCAAUGGCCUCUAUUAUCACGUUCAAUUGCUCUCUCGCUGCUCCAACCCGGGCCUCUUCCGGAUCCACCAGAAAACCAGAACCUAGUCUCAGGAGACCCGCUUCUUCCACCUGGUGGGCCCCUCUUUUCGGCUGGUCCUCAGAUCCCGACUACGUUAACACCACCUCCAGCAGCGGUGCUUCCAGCGUUGAUGUAUCAGAUAAACAAUCCGCUAUAUCGCAGUUCGAUUCUGAAUCGGAUCGACCAAGACCCAGGUUUACUUUGGGUUGCUUCACAGAAGAUAAAGCCAGGCAGCUUAGAAAGAAGACAAUGGAGAAUAGUUCGUUUCAUGAUAUAAUGUACCACUCAGCGAUCGCCUCUCGUCUGGCGUCCGAUACAUCUGGCCGGACCGAUAAGUAAACCGAAGCUACGGAGUCCGGCAAGUUCCCGAAUUUUAGGGGCCGAAAAUUUGUCGAAACUUCGAAUCAUAUUUGUGGUAUGAUUUUUUUUUUUAACUUUUUAAUUUUGGCUUUUCUCGUGUGGACCUGAGAACACUUGUUUACACUGUGUACUAUCAUUGUAAACCGUCGGUGGUCGUCUAUGAACGGCCAUUUGUUGGCAUUCUCUGCAUCAUAUGGUCAUCUAGUUAUUCUUCUGAUGGCAAUCUGAAAUGAUAUUGUUGCUAAGUGUUUUCCAUCAA